AUGGGUGGAAGUGGUGGAGAGGGUGCUAAUGGAGGUUCUGGAGGUGGCGGCGGUAAUGGCGGACCGUCGAGAGGUAAUGGUGGUGAAGGAGGGCCAGGAGGACCUGGUGGAACUGGUGCUAUUGGUGGACGGGGAGGAAAUGGCGGUCCAGCACGGGUUGGUAAUGGUGGAAACGCUGGUAAUGGUGGUAUUUGCACAGAUGGUGGUACGGGGGGCAAUGGUGGAACAGGUGGUGAAGUGUUAGGAGUCGGAAAUGGCGGAACUGGUGGUCGUGGUGCCGAUGGAUGCCCUGGUGGGGAUGGUGGCAAUGGUGGUGAUGGAGGUGGAACCGUAAACGGAGUUGGUGGAAGAGGUGGAGAUGGAGGAACUGCUGGAACGGGUGGCACUGGAGGACGUGGAGGAAAUGGAGGUCUUGCAGUGAAUGGAACUGGUGGUGAUGGAGGUGAUGGUGGCAUUUGUACUCUCGCUGGUGCUGGUGGUGCUGGUGGUGACGGUGGACGUGUCUCUUCAAAUGGAAAUGGUGGAAAUGGUGGUCGUGGUGCUGAUGGAUGUCCUGGACGUGAUGGUGGAAAUGGUGGUAAUGGAGGCUCUGGUGGCGCGCAGUCUGGCUCUGGUGGACACGGGGGAGACGGUGGAGCUGGUGGAAUAGGUGCAAAUGGUGGUCGAGGUGGCUCGGGUGGGCCUGGUGGGGACGGCGGUAGAGGUGGCGAUGGAGGUGAAGGAGGUGAUGGAGGUGAAGGAGGCAAUGGGGGUUCUGGUGGAAACGGUGGAGAUGGAGGAAAUGGUGGUCCGGGUGGCCGUGGAGGUGAUGGUGGAGAUGGAGUCAAUGGUGGUGUUGGAGGCCAAGGAGGAACAGGUGGUGAUGGCGAAGACAACGAAGAUGGUGAAGAUGGACAAGACGCAGGAGAUGGUGGUGAUGGUGGGAAUGGCGGAACAGGUAUGAACGGUUUGGGUGGUGAUGGUGGUGUAGGUGGAAACGGUGGUAUUGGUGGUGAUGCCGCAGUUUUUUUCCUCGGGGGUAGGGGUGGUGCCGGUGGCCAGGGUGGAGUUGGUGGCGCCUCGAGCGGAGGUCGCAAUGCUGGGAAUGGUGGUUUUGGUGGCAGAGCUGGUAUUGGAGGCUUUAACCCAAAUGGAACGGGAGGUUCCGGUGGCAAUGGUGGAAUCGGUGGCGCUGGUGGACCUGGCUCUUCUGGGAGCGAAGGAGGUCGUGGCGGAGAGGGAGGUGCUGGAUCAAGAGGAGGAGUAGGUAGGAUUGGAUCAGCUGGUGGUGACGGGGGUGAAGGGGGGAAUGGUGGCCAAUCCACUGGUGCCAAUGGUGGUGAUGGUGGUAUAGGGGGCAUUGGUGGUAUAGCUGGACCGGGAAGGGCCGACAAUAGUGGUGUCCAGGGAAAUGGUGGCCGUGGUGGGGCAGGGGGUGCAUCAAUCGGGGGAGAAAGAGCUGGCAAUGGUGGAAAUGGAGGUGAUGCUACCAAAUCUUCUGUUAGCAGCACGAGUACCGGAGGACAGCCAGGUGGAAAUGGAGGGGAUGGUGGGAAUGGCGGACAGGGAUCCAAUGGUAGUGAUGGUGGUGAUGGUGGUGAUGGAGGGAUUCGUGUUUCGAACAAUGGGUUUCCAGGAGGCAAUGGAGGGGAUGGAGGAGAUGGUGGAAGCGGUCAAAAUGGAGGUGACGGCGGAAAUGGAGGAAUUGGUGGUGAUGCCAUGGCUGGCCCGUUCCAAGAUGGUACUGGCGGAUCAGGUGGCGAUGGUGGUGAUGGUGGUGACGCUAAUGCUGGUGGCAACGGUACAGGUGGCGACCUCGGAAUUGGCGGUACUGGUGGAGAUGGGUUACCAACUGGUCCACCGGGCCAGAACGGUGAGAGAGGUAUGGAUGAUAUUUAA